AUGACCGAUAUCCGCCGGUCACGUUCAAAUACAUCAAUGUCUACCCGGAGUAACCGCCCGCCCUCGCGCGCGUCGACGACAAGCGUCCAUUCGUUUGAGCAAUUCCAACAACCGCAGCAAUCUCGGGCCGCCCAAUUUCCUCAGCAGCCGCAGUACCACGCACCCUUCACGACGAGUGAAGCUUUGCAGCCUGCACUAAUCCAAGCUGCCCAGCAGGUCAGCGCGCAGGACCACCUCAUCAAUAUGAGCCUGGAAAGCGUCCAGCAGUACCUCGGUUACCCGGCCGACUCAACCACGAAUCAGCCUCAACCAAAUGGGCAGCCUGCGCAAACAGAUCACCACGGCUACCACAACCCCCUCCCACAGCAAUCGCAACUUUCGCAGCUUUCGCAACACUCGCAGCAUUCACAGCAACACAGCUUCAUGGCUCCGUCGGUGGACAACGAAGACAAGAAGAAGAGGGCCUCCACCUCGGGAGCGGCGACCAACGACAAGGAGUUGCGCCAGUUGCUGAACCAGAACGAGGGUCGUAAUUUGAAGGACGUUGCGGCCGAGGUUAUCCAGAAUGAUCGGACGUCCAAAUCAGAGAAAUCGAAGCAGCUGUUCGCCAUGCUGUGGCUGCAGUCAGUUUGUCGCGUCGCAAAGACGUCUGUCCCACGCAACCGCGUCUACUCCAAGUACGCAGAACGCUGCGGCACCGAUCGCGUCAUUCCCCUCAACCCGGCCUCCUUCGGAAAGCUUGUUCGUGUCAUCUUUCCCGGUAUCCAAACUAGGCGUCUCGGUGUUCGUGGAGAGUCCAAGUACCACUAUGUCGAUCUGGAGCUUAUCAACGAUGGAGGCGAUGGCGACGAGGCGCGCCGGCCUAGCACUGGUGCUGCUGCGCAUCAUGCUAUGAAGCGUCAAACUUCUGGCACUCCCAGACUCAACCUCGACGCCAUCCCACGUCUCCCUGCAGACAACUCACAGUUUCCUCCUCGAGAACCAAGGGCAGAGUCUCACAACACCUUUUAUACUCCGACCUCAUCACGCGGUGUGCUAUUCACCGAUAUCUAUUCGUCGCAUUUCCAACCAUCGCAGUCCCGCACAAAAUCCUCAUACGAACACGAGCUCAAGUUUCCCACGCCGGACAUCCUUGAGGCCCCAGAUGCGUUUGUCGUCGAAUUGCCGGAUAUCAAGCCGUAUCUGCCAGCCCGUACCGACCCUGACUCUGCUGACAACCUGGUCGCUAUGUACCGCUCACAUGUCGUCUCACUAGUGGACUCUGUACGAUACUGCAAGGAGAAACAGUUUUUUCGCUUGUUUGGCACUUUCCACGGUACUUUGACUGUGCCAGUGCAGAAGUUGUUUGCAACACCAGAGCUAGCGCCAUGGAUUAGAGAGUGUGACUGGAUGAUGUAUCAGAAGAUGAUUCGGAACGUCUCUCAGCUGACGCUCCAAGUAGCACCGCCGCCAGUUUUGAAGUUUCUUGACAAUGUCGCGAAGACGCUGCAUGCGCACAUUGCUGCCAAGUUCAUGUCCUUACCAGUCCAUGUGCUUGAGGCAAAACUGGAACCCGCUACAUUGUUCGCUCACCUACUACGACAGAUGCUCCGCGUCAACUCAGCAGCACACGCAGCAGCCGUCAUGCUUACAGCGGAGAGCCAUCGGACUCAUAUGUACGCCGAUUGGCUCCAGCACGUGAACAUCAAGCGCAUCAUUGCGAACGAGUUGCCUGCUUCAUGCGCGCACGAAGAAGUGUACAAUAUUCUUACGACCGAGAUCCGGUCAAUGUUGGGCCCGCUUCCACAAGAGAUCCAGUUACCCUCUGGGACGAUACAUCGAGCAGCAUACCCCGACCCACCCGCUGAUCCAUCUGAGUCGGUCAUUGAUCGCAUCGCAGCAUUCCUAACUCGACUACCUUCACGGUUCCCUGGCGCACACGCGCGGACUAUUAUGCAUUGCAUCAGCGCACUCGGUUCUGCAGCGCUAAGAGAAAUCACAGUAGAGAACGGAAUCAGUUUCCAAGGAUGGUGGCUCACCAAGGUAUUCGUAGAUGAAAUGGCACAAUGGCUGGCAUCUAUAGGAGGUUUCUUGGGCCACUCACCGCCAGACUGGACGUCUUCGAAUUACUCUCCUGUAAUGGGUGACCCGCUCAACGCGGGCAUGACCAACGGUGGCAGCGGCAGUAACAAUGAUAGCCGUUACAGUAGCCUUGAGGCCGACUUUGGCCCUGACCAGUCGUUCAUGUCGACCACUAGCCAUGUAACUAUCCAGGAUACCGGAUCUAACCAGGAAGUCAAUACUGGACGCUUUACUCAACAGUCAUCACAGUAUAACAUGAGCUUUAGUUACGAUUACAAUUUGAACCCGUCACAACAAGAGUCGAACCACGACGACAGUGGUAUAGGCCUUGGCCUAGGUGGUCAGGAGGACGGUAUUGACGCCAAAUUUGCGUCCCAUCUCUCUUCUGCUCUCUCGCAGAGCGUCAGCUAG